UUGGGGUCAGCGCGCAAGCGUAGCGGCGGAUUCGGAGAGGUUGCGGCUCGAGAGUUUGUGUCGCUGUGGCCGUUGCGUUUCGUUUUGUUUUGUUUUAAAAACAACAACGACGAAGAAAGAUAUUAUUAAAAAAAAAUGCCAGCGUCUCGCGCUCUCCUGAGGUCGGCCGAGGUCAUUCGAGUGCUGACUCGUUCUGCUUUCACUGCAAGGAAACCUGACUACGCAAAUCCCAACUGGCUGCGGGUUGGUCUCGCGUUUGGAAGCACAAUAGCACUGUGGAUGUUGCUCUUCAAGCAGCAUGAUCACGAUGUCCAAGUAUACAAAAAACAUCAUGGAAUCAAGUAACUGACCAGCUGCCAUUCUGUGCACACUUAUAGAAGUAAUUAAUUGAAGGAAUGCACUGGUAUUUGAACAGAGACUGUCAGAAUAUGAUAUGAAGCAACAGGAGGAUGAAACAAUUGAACAAACAGAACAGCUUGGAUUCACGCUUGUGAUUCUCUUGCCAUUAAAAACAGACUCAUUCUGGAAUAAGUGAAGAGAAAAGGUCUGUGUCUGUUCCUCACAAUGUCAACAUUGUAACACUGUUGUGAAAAUUGUGAAAUGAACCAUCUGUUGCUAAAUGAAAUGUUCCAUGUGGUAAAUAAUAAAUACAGUGGAAGGUC